AGCAGGACUGGGCGGCACAUCGCGACGUGAGACCUGCCGUACCUUACUUAGUAGCUUGUCGUAGUUCAUCCCAACAUUGUCAUAGAUAGUGGGAGAAUUUGGCGAAUGUUUUUCAACACUGAUGUUACUAUCGGAGAUUACACAUUGAUCGCAGUCAAGUUCUACUAAAAACAAUGUAUUCCUUCCUAGUUUUCGGUUGCUUCUUGGGUUCCGCUCUGUCUGCGAAUAUCCUCGCCGUGUUCCCCCAUCCCGGCAAGAGCCACUUCGAUGUCUUCGAGCCUCUCGUCCUGGAGCUGGCCGCCAGAGGACAUCAAAUGACCGUCAUGAGUUUCUACCCCCAGAAGCCCCCGGUGGCCAACUACACCGACAUCAGUUUGGUGGGGACCUCCCCCUUGAGGCUGAACAGGGUUAAGAUCGGAGGAGGGGAUGAUACGGUGCCAGACACCUUCUCUGUGUCCAACGUCGGCCUUCACCUGUGUUCUAAGAUCUUUAAGUCUAAACCUGUCCUCGAUCUGCUGGAGUCGGACGCCCGCUUUGAUCUGAUCAUUUUAGAAAUGUUUGACUCGGACUGUUUCCUUGGCCUCGUGCAUAAGUACAAAGUGCCCCAUAUAGGGUUCAACUCCGCCAAGACGAGCCCGGAUCAGGACAGGACUGUCGGGACGCCGAAUUAUCCCGCGUACGUGUCCCACAUCAACCUGCCAUUUACUAACCGCAUGGGCCUCUUCCACAGAGUGAUCAAUGUCGCCUACACACUCAUGCUUGCUGUUGAGAGGUUCUUCGUGCUCCUGUGGGAACAAAGAGGGUUCUAUCAGUUGAUGGGUGAGGGGGUUCCGCCCCUGGAACAGUUGGUACACAACGCUAGUUUAAUACUCGUCAACACUCACUUCUCACUGCUGGGGAGCCGCCCUCUUGUUCCCGCGCACAUCGAGGUUGGAGGGAUACACAUCAAACCCGUCAAACCUCUCAGUAAGGACUUGAACAACUUUCUAAACGAGUCACCGGAAGGGGCCAUCAUCUUUUCCAUGGGAUCGGUGCUAAAGUCAUCUUCAUUUCCGGUGAACAAAAGACAGGCCAUCAUGGAGGCUUUCGCCGAGUUGCCGGUCCGUGUUGUCAUGAAGUGGGAGAACGAAAGUCUGCCCGGCAAACCUGACAACGUGAUGAUCAGCAACUGGUUGCCUCAGCGGGACGUGCUGGCCCACCCCAAAAUAAGGGCGUUCAUGGGACACGGUGGGUUGCUGUCGACCGGGGAGGCGAUAACCUCCGGGGUCCCCAUGGUGCUCAUCCCCAUGUUCGGGGACCAGGGGAACAACGUGGCCCAUCUGACUUCUCUGGGAGCCGCCGUCAAGCUGGAUUAUGACUACAUCUCCAAGGAGACGGUGUUGGAGGCGCUCCGAGCUGUCUUAUUCGAUUCCAGUUAUCGAGAGAAGGCCAAAGAUUUGUCAGAACGGUUCACGGACAGGCCAAUGUCUCCACUGGACACGGCGGUCUACUGGACUGAGUAUGUCCUGAGGCACAAAGGUGCCCGCCAUCUUCGCUCACCAGCUGUGGAUAUGCCGUGGUACCAGCUUUGGCUGCUAGAUGUCGCUGUGGUGCUGUUGGUCUGUCUCGCUGGUCUCCUGCUAGUGAUGUACUGGCUUGCUCGACGUUAUAACUUGAAAAUUCCACACUUUCUUCAACUUGGCUCAUCGAGGAAGAAGAUACAGUAAUCUUUCUAUGAUUCAUGAAAUAAAUUUAUACUUUUUAUAA